CCGCCCUACAUGGGACUGUUGUCUGCGCAGCACUUUUACUUCACUUCAUGACCAACUUCCCGACUGUCCUCAUCCACCUCUCCUCGAUCGAGAUAACUCAGACUGAAACUCAACGUGGCUUCAAUUUGAGAAAAGGGAGUUUACUUCGUGAGGCGUUCACGGCGCAGAUGGGCAUGGGCUAAAGUCAACAACUCCGGCAAUGACAGAUGGACCACCGCACGCUCCAAACGCGCAAAUAGUGCGUCCACCGACACCCAUGACCGGACAAUCUGCGUUAUUUCGGCUCUUAAAGUGAUGUAACGUACUUUUCCGUGAUCUUUUUUUUUUUUUUUUUAAUUUUAACUUUAGCCUAUUUUCUGAACACACAGCCAGUCCCAUGCCCGCGACCCGGCUGCCAGGCUGCACUGUACCCCGGGGACAGUGCCCUAGGCUGGGGGGUUAGAUGGUGCUGAUCACGGACGACAGGGAUGGAGGAGGCGCCCCAUCGGUCCGGGUCAAACAGCUUCAGCAGCAGCAAAAAGUCGGAGGAAGAGUCGCCCAAGUUCAUCCGACCAUAGCCGAGGAGUCCCUCACACACCCCGACGAUGAGGACUACCUGGGCUCCUGCGAGGAUGAGGAUGAUGAAGAGGACGAUAGGGAGUUGGAAGACGACGAUGAGUUCGAAGAAGUCGACUUUGAGGACUUGGAUGACACUCGGAGCAUCGCAUCGGACGACUCCUUCUACCCCCCGGAUGAUGUGUUCGCGGACUCGGAGCGCACCCCGUCUCCAGAGAGUCCGGAGCCGCUGUCCUUCUUCCAGGCGUGUUGCACCAACAACGCGGCUAUCGUCAGGAUAAUGAUCCGACAUGGAGUGAGGGAGGAAGAGGUCAAAGAAACCGACAGGAAUAACAGGACAGGGCUGCUGGUCGCAUGUUACCAAGGUUAUGUUGAUGUUGUCAUAGCGCUGUCUCAAUGUCCGUAUCUGGAUGUCAACUGGCAGGACAGUGAAGGAAACACAGCCCUCAUCACUGCUGCACAGGCAGGCCACAUAACUAUCACCAACUACCUGCUGAACUACUUCAUUGGGUUAGACAUUGAGAGGAGGAACUGCCACGGAUUCACUGCACUGAUGAAGGCUGCCAUGCAAGGACGGGUAGACUGUGUACGCUCGAUCAUGAUGGCAGGAGCUACACUGAAUUCGCGGGACUAUGGUCGCCAGUUGACUGCCAGGGAGUGGGCUUUAUUUACCGGCCGAUAUGAAACUGUGUGGGUGAUGACACGACUCAUGGAACGGCCUUGCCCCCACCAGUUUAGUGAUAAAUACAGUCUAGAGUGGCCUCCCCUGGAAUCACUGGUGGCUAAAGCCCAGGAACCCCGCGGCUGCCUGAGGCGUCUGUCGGACACCAUGAGGAACAUGUUCAACAUCGCAAACGUCACCAACCCUGAAGAUGAAGGUGCCAUUGACCACUUGGUUUCUGUGACGACUGCUAUAAGGAGCCCUUUCAUUGCGAUGGCCUGUCAUACUGUGUGCCCUGAUAGCCCUCCGAGUGUGGGGAAAAGGCGCUAUGCAGUUCCUGAGAUCAUCCGAAACCAGCGUGCCAAGGAGCUCCGCAGCAUCAACCCUGACAGAGUAGACAGCCACCUCAAGCUCUUUGAGAACUCUCGGGUCACACUGGUGGCCAAGAACUCAGCAGACCGCCGGGCCAGCCUGCAGGCUCAGAGCCCAAUGCCUCGACAUAGGAGCUCCAGUGUGGUGACUUAUACCAGUUCCCUUGAACUGCGGAGAACCAGCCUGCUGCCCAUGCACAUGGUGCUAAGGAGGAGUAGUGUCCGUCCAGGGUACAGCAUCCCUAAAGUCAGGGUGUCCAAGGCCCCUCCAACCACGUAUGAACCGGAGAAGAUCCGCAGGAAGAGCACCGCUAAAGAUGGGGGGACGCACCUACUGCAAAUACCAAAGUGGCGCUACAAGGAGCUGAAAGAAGAAAGGAGGAAAGCUGAGGAGGCUGAAAGGAGGCGGCUGGAGGCUGUGACAAAGAGACACAUUGCUUCUGGAAAAAGAAAAUGAUAUCACUGCUUUAGAUGUCAGGACACAAAGUAACCAAAAAGACACAAAAGCUAAAGGGGUGGGAGUUAUAUCCUGGAGAAGCCAUGAUGAUGUUGCGAAAAUUUGGCUUUAAUAUUCCUUUACAAUGGUAUGUGCUCAGGGUAAAGAUAGAAUUACCAGCAGUGUUCGUGAAACAGGUAAAGAAAAAGGUAUAAUGGUUCGCUUUUGUCUGCUCUUUUUUUAUUGUAAAUGUUAGGAGAAAUAUGCAAGUUGGCCUGUUAGAAAGCUUCAGUAGCAUUAGUACUACAUGAUGCUCGCCCUUUGCGAUGUCAAACAGUCAAUACCCAGGGGAUUUGAUACUUGAAAUGUUUUAGCUGUUAUUUUUUCAUAUUUAUUGCUUUUUAAUGGAGUAAAAAAUGGCCAAGUCUAUAUUUUGUUAUGCUUUGGGUGCUUAAUGCAGUGUUUUUGUAGUGAGCUGCACUAUGCCGAAGCAGAAGACAGAGAAGUACAUUCUCUCUAACCACAGCAGAAACACGUCCCUCUGUCUAAAAUCAGAUAGUUUAUUAAUGAUGUUAUGGAAUAACAUCUUUGAAACAAGUAUGUGGAGAAACCUGAUAGCUGUACCAGAUAUUAUAUCUGGCUGAUGCUAACUGUUAGUAUAGAAUCUAAUGGCAACAAACAGCAAUAUUUUAGAUACUCUUUGUUUUGCUGUAUAAUGAACUCAUGAAUGUAUUUCUCUAUUUUCUAUUAGAGAUUUUAAAUGCUUUUUCAUGAUAUUUUAUUUUUUAUUCAUGAUGGACUUUUUCACAUACUGCUAUAAAAACAAAUGUUUUCUAGUAAUUCUGUUUGAGACCAAGACUUCAGUGUAGAGCACUAAUGAUGGGAUGAAGGCUUACAGUAAAUAUUUAAUUGCUAGUAGAAAGAAACACUGGUGAUACAUAUUUCUUACUAACAUGCUAUGAAUAGAAUUUAUAUUGUGUAACUUUUCAUUUUAUAUGGGUGAAUCUGAAUGGACCGUAUGAAUGAUGUGAACACUUCUGCUAAUGGUUUUGAAUAUAGUUUAAUAAACCAAAUAAUGAUGCUCUGUCGCUUUUAUAAU